AUGUAUGUACAACCAAAAUUCUCUAACAUUCUUCUUCCAUUACAGACAAGCACAACAACUACAUUUUAUGUUUCUCUACUUACAAUGAUAAUUUCCGGUUCCUUUGGGCAUUGUUUAUUAUUGUAUUGUGUUGCAACUACAAACACAUUAAAUACAGCAGUUACCCAAAAUUGUUCAGCAUCAAUACAAAUAUUUAUUGCCUAUUUACUUUCUAUUGAAGUUUUUUAUGAUUCCGAGCCAAAUUUUACAACAUUUUUGGGUGUUGUAAUAGCUAUAGUUUCGACAAUUUUUUAUUUUCUUUCUUCAAAAGAUAAAGAAUUUAAACCUAAUGCACAAAUGUCAACAAAAUAUCAUUCUCUUGUGCAACAUGAAUAA